AUGGCCAAAACGCCAACGCCAAACGCCAAGGCGAGUCACGGAAUUCCAUUUCAGUUCGCUUUCUGUGCUCGUGCGCGUCGCAACGUGGCGGCCGCUGUUGCUUCAAUACAUUUGAAUCUUGGUGUUGCUCUUGGUGUUUCUCGUUGCCGUUGUCGUUGUCGUUACGAUUGCCACCAGUGGCGUUGGCGUCAUUAAACGCCGCUUUCAAUUUCUGUUUCAAUUGGCCGUUCCUCACUUUUUUGGAGUGUGCAAAUUGCUCCAUUUGAGAUAUUUUUGGACGCAUAAACGCAUAAAAAAGCGCAAUUCAAAUACAAAACACAAAACAAGAAAACAAUUACAAUUUUGUUUAUUUUAAGUGGCAAUUUGAAUGUGCCCAGCACGCGAACAAUAAACGCCACAAUUAAUUAACUGUUUAUCAAGACUCCGAUGCUCGACAAAAGGUGCGAGAAGCAUUUACUCAGGCUCAGACAUCGCGUCAACGCGUCGUAUGCGUGUUUUCUGCUAGCCAGCCAACAAACCAACGAAACAGCAACAAUUUGUUGUGCGUGUGUGUAAAGUGAGUGUUCAAUAAGUGUGUGUUUACGUGUGUGUGGAAAUGCAAAUGUGAAAUUGUGCACGUAACUGGACAUCGCAUUCAGUGUCGUUGUCGUUGUCUUUGUCGUCGGGUUAGUUAAAUGUUUGUUUUUGCCACUGCUCUUGGCAUUGCCAUUGCCGUUAAAUGCUAAUUUCGUCACCUGGGAGCAGUUCAUAUAGCCGGCCAGACUGAGUCAGUGUCCAGUGGGGCUUCCUUCCCAAGGGACCAGACAGGCUGUGGAAAAUAAAUGCGAACCGGAAAUUACUUAUACUUAAACAGAAAUACCAUUGUUCGCCAGAGUUAUAAUGAGGCUACAAAUAACUGUGGGAUUUGGCACAGUUUUUGGAUUAAGUUGCUAGAGACAAAGUUUUUAUCAGCUUACGCUUACGGUUUAACUUACCAAAAAAAAGUUGCAAAACCAAAAUGGAAUUUUACACUAUGACUUGGAACAGCCGUCGCACGGAUCUUGAGAAUUUAAUGCAAAAUGACGACCGUAUGUAUUAUAUAGCGCCAGAGCAACCGCUGUUGGAGGAUUAUCAGAAUGACAGCGGGUUGCUGAAAUACGCAGAGAACUCCACAGAGUUGUCGAUGAGAGGCUUGGACGUUGUGUAUCCCACACCGAGCAUCAAUGUGACCUUCCUAAUGAACUUCAGUUGCGCUUCUACCGGCGAAGAUGUUUGGUCGAGUGCUUACUUCGCGGCCCUCGUCUACCUGCUAUACAUUCCAAUUUUUAUAUUUGCUUUGCUUGGCAAUGGUUUGGUCUGCUACAUAGUGCAAUCGACGCCAAGAAUGCGAACCGUAACCAACUACUUUAUCGCCAAUCUGGCGCUGGGUGACAUACUCAUGACUCUAUUUUGCGUGCCGCCUACCUUUAUCGCGCAAUACAUUCUCAGCUAUUGGCCGUUUGGGACUGUGCUCUGUCAUUUUGUCAACUAUUUGCAGGCAGUGCCAGUGCUGGUCAGCGCCUACACGCUGGUUGCCAUCAGCAUUGAUCGCUACAUAGCCAUCAUGUGGCCACUGCGUCCUCGCAUCACAAAGCGCUAUGCCAAGUUUAUUAUAGCUGGCGUUUGGUUUAUUGCGCUCGCGACUGCAUUCCCCAUUCCCGUCGUCUCACGCAUCGAGGUUCCUCAGUCACCUUGGCACAUAAAAUGCGAGAAAUACAUUUGCCGUGAAGUUUGGCCAGAAGGACAACAGGAUUACUACUACACACUGGCACUCUUCACACUGCAGUUCAUCCUUCCGCUGCUGGUACUCAUAUUCACCUACACACGCAUCGCCAUCGCUGUUUGGGGCAAGCGCCCGCCCGGCGAGGCGGAAAACUCGCGAGACCAGCGCAUGGCGCGUUCCAAGCGUAAGAUGAUUAAGAUGAUGCUGACUGUUGUCAUCGUAUUCACCAGCUGUUGGCUGCCCUUCAACAUUCUACAGCUGCUGCUAAAGGACAAUGAGUCGAUGGAUUCGUGGAAGCCAUUGCCAUACGUGUUCUUCGCAUUUCACUGGCUGGCAAUGUCGCACAGCUGCUACAAUCCCAUCAUCUACUGCUAUAUGAAUGCGCGUUUUCGCGGUGGUUUCCUUCAGAUCAUGUACCGCGUUCCCGGCCUGCGUCGUUGCUGUUGUUUGCAUCGAUAUCUGCGCAGCCGGGGCGAGCGCAGCUAUGAAGCAACGGGUGAGAUGACCUUCAAAUACAAUCGCCGAAAUGGCGAUGGUCUAGUCAGGAAACCUAAAAUACGCAUUAGGAACCGAAGAUGCAUUCCACCUACAUCGUGUGAACACCUGCACCACCUACAUCAGCACAAGGCGAAAGCUGCGCACGAAUUCUAUGCAAAUGAGCCAAUUUUCAUGUGCAGAGACCACUGUCUUGCGGUAGCUUCCGGAUCCCGAGAGGAGCCACAAGCGACGCUUCAGUCGAGAACCGCCCACAGUGCGUUUCACAUGAACGGAGCCAGCACGCUGAGCUCGACACAGUUUUGAAUGAGAUGCGAUGAG